GCUUGUGUUUGGUUGAAUGGAGUUUUCUGAGCACAUCAAGACCGCCAACGUAGAGGAUGUUGUGCUCCAACAGCCUCUGCACCCACCAAGCAGGGGCACCCUGUGCAUCACUGGCCACCACCUGCUCUUCUCCCACCGGGAGGUGCAGGACAGCUCUUGCCAGGUUCUGCUCCUUCUCAGAAACAUUGAUGCUAUUGAGAAAAGCAGUGUGGAAAACCUUUCGGGGCACUUGGGCCUCUUUACUAAUGUGGUCAACAGCAAAAGGCCUUCUGGAUCUUCAGGGACUAUCAUCAUCAAAUGUAAAGAUCUGUGUGUACUCCAGCUUGACAUCCCAGGCAUGGAGCAGUGCCUCAACAUUGCACAAUCUAUUGAGACCCUUUCCUGUCUGGACUGUGUGGUGGACAUGUACCCCUUCUUCUACAGACCAUGUGAUGCCAUCCUCUGUGACCAGUGGGGCCUCUCCAACCCUGAGAAGCAUUACACUGAAAUGGAGGAGCUGCAUGAGAGGUGGAGACUGAGCACCGUGAACCGAGACUACUCGGUAUGCGUGUCUUACCCCGCUGCUGUCAUUGUGCCCAAGGAGAUUAGUGAUGACACGUUGAAAAAAGUGGCCAAGUUCAGGCAGGGCGGCCGUUUCCCCGUCCUUUGCUACUACCACAGGAAGAAUGGCAUGGUGAUCAUGCGCAGCGGUCAGCCACUCACCGGAGCCAAUCGGAAGCGCUGCAAGGAAGACGAGCGCCUCCUGCAGGCUGUGAUCGAGGACUCGGACAAAGGCUACAUUAUUGACACACGCUCGGCUCAGCAGGCACAGCAGGCCCGGAUGACGGGCGGCGGGUUUGAGUCCAAAUCAUGUUACAACAGCUGGAGGAGACUACACAGACACAUGGAAAGGGGAAAAACACUCCAGGAGAGUCUAAUCAAGCUGGUGGAGGCCUGUGCUGACAAGUCCCAUAAUAUGGACCGCUGGCUCAGUAAACUAGAAAAUUCCAAGUGGUUGUCUCACGUCCAGACUGCUCUGUCAACUGCUGGCCUGCUGGUAGAGUGUCUGGAGAGGGAUGGUCACUCAGUUCUGAUUCACGACUCUGAGGGGAUAGACUCCACUCUUCUUAUCAGCACGCUUGCACAACUCAUCAUGGACCCAAGUUGUCGUACACUCGAGGGCUUCCUGGGUCUUCUCGAGAGGGAGUUUGUACAGGCAGGACAUCCAUUCCAGCAGCGAUGCGCCCACUCUGCCUUUUCCCACGCUCGUCUCCAACAAGAGUCCCCUGUCUUCCUGCUGAUGUUGGACUGUGUGUGGCAGAUAUGGCGCCAAUUUCCCCUUGCACUUGGCUUUUCAGAGGUGCUGCUCCUGAGGCUGGCGACUGAAACGUAUGCCUCCAAUUAUGGCACCUUCCUCUGUAACAGCGAUAUGGAACGCCGUGCUGCACAAGUGGAGGACAAAACUCAGUGUUUGUUUCGAGCCCUGUUGAAGCCAAGAGAGAGAGAGCAGUACACCAACCCGCUGUAUGAGCACACCGAGCUGGCUAUUUGGCCCUCAGUCCACCCACAGUCCUUACAGCUGUGGAGAGGCUUUUUUCUCAGAUGGACCCAACAGACUCGCCACUUAGAAGAAGUCCAGCAGGAAAUUAAUAACAUGGUCAUUGAGUCAGGGAAGACGGCACUCAGCUUUUGACCAUUGAAGAAGCAUAACUGAUGUAUUUAUAAGGAAG